AAAGGAGUGGCAGAAAGGCAGAAGGAGACUUGUACACAGAAGCUCUGGACUCCUGAUUGUGGAGGACUCACUUUUACAACACAUAGCUAACUGCUUAUUUAAAAAAUAUAUAAAUAUAUAUAGGCUAUAUAUAUAUAUACAAUCUAUUUAUUUACUACAGAUUUUUGUUUGUUUGUUUUGUUUGUUUUUAUGGUUUUGUUACCAAACUUCACCUGAAGAUUUUCUGCUGGCUCUAUGAGGAAUCCACACACCUGCGCAGAAGUCUGACACAGAGCGUGUUGGAGACAAAAGAAAUCCUUGUUUUUGAUUUCAUUCUUCUUCCUUAACCCUGAGACAUGGUGCUCUGGAUCAUCCUUCCCAUCUCAUUGUCGCUGGUGUCCUUCAUUGGAACAUGGAGCGUAUAUGGCAUGGCUUACUCCAACAAUCACGUGUGCUCACUCAGUAAUUGGAGUGGUGCGAAUUACUGCAGGGAGAAUAAAACAAAGGGAUGUUGCUUGGCUCCUACCAUAAGUGGAAGUGGGACUUAUGCUCCAGAGAGCUCCCUUUUUACAGCAACCAUGAACGCUGGGACCUUUCUAUUUCUGCUGUUCACCAUAUUCCAUCAUGCCCAUAUAAUGGAGAAGCACAUGUGCCAUUCCAUGCUGAGCAGAAUUGCAUUAGCGUUUGGAUUAGUGGCAGCUAUUGGGGCCUUUGGGGCUGGAAACUGUAACCCAGGUGAUGUCACAUUCAUGCACUACCUUGGAGCUGCUGUCAGUUUCACGUCUGCCUGCUUCUACACCAUCUUGCUCACCACGCUGACUGCGAAGUGCGUUCUGACAGGGUUCGAGAAGUUCCUCUUCCCUCUGCGCAUUUUUUUCACAGUGGUUCAAAUCAUUGUGACUCUUGGCUAUACCUUUUUGUUUGUCCAAAAAGAAUACUUUUACCACCAUCUGUCUGCUGUGUUCGAGUGGAGCCUUAGUGUCAACAUACAGAUGUUUGAGCUCACCUACACCGCUGAGUUUUUCUUCUUCUCGUCAUUCAUGGUUUCAAACCUGCUGAGCCAAAGGGAGGAGGAAAAGCCCUUGAUCAUAUCCAUGUCCUGAUAUAUGGCGGCCAGGGUCCAGCAAGAAAGUACAGAUAGCGAUGAAGGACAAAGAAGGACAUCAGUAACAACAGUGGCUGGAUCCUGGCUGAAGUUUCAAUAGUGUUUUUUUUAUGUAGUUUCAGCCUGCGAUGGCUCGGACCUGGAUCCUUUUCCUUGGGAGGGAUUUUUCCACGGCAUUUCUGUUUCUUAGCUCAUAUAUUUAUUAAAAUGCCAACUGCAACAGCAAAAGAACAAAACAUGUAUUUGUGCUUUAUACACAAUGCCUUGCAAAAGGAUUCCUUCCCUUUGAACUUGUUCCAUAUAUUUGACACAUUAACCACAAACUUCAAUGUAUUUUUUGUGGGAUUUUUUUAUGACAGACCCUGAUGCAUAAAUGUGAGGUGGAAGGAAAAAUAAAUUUUUCAAAAUUGCUAAGAAAAUAUGAAAAAAAGUGGUAUGUAUAUUCUUUCGGUAAGUAUGUCAGUAUGUUAUGCAACAAUCUUACACUGCAAUUACUGUCACAGACCAACAUUUCUGUCCAUUCUCUUGUGUUAUUUAGCUCAGGGUCAGUCAGAUUAGAGAGAGAAUUUCAAGUUUGGCACGGAUUGUUCUUUGGAUAGAUUGGUUUGUUAUGACCUCAUUUGAAACCAUUCCGCAGGUUUUACAUUUUGGGUUACUGCCUGGCUGGAAGGAAUACUUGCUACUCUGUAUUUAAACAUGGCAUGAUGCUACCUCACCAAAAUGUUAAGUUUUGGUGUAAUAGGACUAGCGCACCAUAUUUCACAUGAGCAACAAACACAAACUGGCAAAAUAAUAGAAAGAAAGACAGAGUCUGAAAGCAGAUGUCACACUUUUAUAAACCAUCUUCCUUCCAUCUCCCAGUUUUGCUGUACUUUUCCUUGAUGUGUCAUUUAAAAACUUGAUAAAAUACAUUCAAAUUUGUGGUUUCACUUUAGCAAAA